CUCUAUGGUGCAAAAUGUCCCCUGGGAUCUAUAUCAAAAGGUAAUUUCCUUCUUUUAGCAAAAUCCUAAAUGACUGAGUUGUGUUUUUUCCACCUGGACCUUUAUGCUCUGCCAUUUCUCCUCUAAUCAUCACGCUGUAACCUGUGACAGGCUGCUAUGAUACCACAACUAUCACACAUUCACAUAUGGAGUUUUUUGUGGAGCCCCUAGCGUCACAUAGGUUUACAUUACCAAAGGUUUAUGACAAACUCUCUUGCCGAAAACCAACUCCCGUGUGCGCACGGCGAGAGAGGAGAGGGAGAGACGCUGUGCUGCUGCCAGAGGAGACACUGAAUGAGUUCCCUCUGAGCGGUAAGUCGCUAAAAGAGUCUGAGAAGUCCGGGGCUGUUCAUAACUCACUCACUCACAAGUUCUCCAGCAACACAUGUUGCACGUGCUACGCUAAAUCACGGACGUGAACCAGCUCCUCUUGCUCCGCUGUCUCUGUGCUCGCAGCCAUUUUCACACUGAGGCAGGGGCGAUGACGCCAUCGACGACAGGACGGUAGAGCGCAAAUCAUUUCUACCGUCUACCGCAUAUACCAUGCAGCCCUAGUUUAGGUGCAUAAAUAGUGUGCCAGCGUGCACUAGGGCCUGUUGUAACUUCCUUAUGCCACUGCUGUAGUGACAUCAUCAGGAUGUAAGAUCAAGUCAAGGUUGCCUCACCAAUGAGUUUCUGUUUCGGAACAAGUCUAGACUUGUCACUGCACACAUUCUGUUGUAUGCUGAAAUGAGAGUCAGAAUGUGUCGCACAGCAGAACAGCCUCGUCUCCACAUUCUGGCUCAGUAACAGUCUCAGCUUGGUCAUGUGUUUACAGUCAGUGUUUGAGUAGUACAGUAGGUGGAGGAGGCUGGUGUCCGCUGGACCAGGCAGAUAAGCAUUACUGCUGUGCACGCCCCCUUAUGUAUAAACAAGAUGUGCUCAAUUUUUGGUCAACAGGAUAAUCAUUAGUACAGUUCUGAGUGCUUAAUAUCGGACCAAGGGUGACCAAGGGUACAGAAAAAAUGGACCUAGGAGACAAAAACAUUGUUGCAAUGAUUGCAAAAGUUAUUGAGGAAGCUUCAGACACAGAUAGCAACCGUGACGUGUUGAUGGCUGGUAAACAUUACCCAUCCAUUCAAGAGUUUGCCUCAGCAAUCCCCAACCACCUUCUCCUGGGGUCUCUGCUGGAGCACUUGUGCUUUGUCUACGAGACCAACCCAGCACGCUCACGAAUGUUGUUUAAAGUCAUUGGUCAGCAUUUAGCUGCGAUGAACCUGCUCUCACCUUUGGCCAUAAGUGAUGAGUUCAGCACCGUCAGACUGCAGCACAACCGAGCCUUUACUGAGCUGCUUCACGCUGCCGAGUCCUCGCUGUAUCCUCAGGGCCAACAAGGUCUUGGCACAAACGCACACAAUCCUGCUUUAAGAUCUAAGGAGGGACUUUUUCAGGCGCAGACUUCCCGGUAUCUUAGUGAAUUUGAAGAGGUGUGCAGGCUCGGAAAAGGAUCAUAUGGAAACGUUUUUAAGGUUGUGAACAAACUGGAUGGGCAGGAUUAUGCUGUGAAGAAAAUUCUCAUCAAAAAAGUCUCAACAGAAGACUGCAUGAAGGUCCUCAGAGAAGUCAAAGUGUUGUCCAGCCUGAUGCAUGUAAAUGUUGUCGGCUAUCACACUGCGUGGAUGGAACAUGUCCAGCCCGCGGCAAAUGUCGAGCCUCUCCUGCCUGCACUGGAGUCACCUGGAGAAGAAGACAGUUUUGAUGAGAAUCCUGACAACAGCAGCACCAGCUCCUCAAUAGUGUUUCAAAGCCUCAGUAAGAGGACCGAUACUGCUUCAAGUGCCAACAUACCCCCCAGAGAGGCUGAGCCCGUCAAAGCUUUAGUUCCUACCCUCGAGACGGGCCAGGUGGUGUGUCCCAAGACGAUGCGGCGGAUUCCCAAGAACUAUGUCCCCUGUGUGUUCCUGGGACAGGGAGGUCCUCCAAAGGGCUCCAAAUGUCCCGCCAUGGGGUGGGACAGCUCAGCACUGUUAGAGGAGGAGUCCGGCAGGAGCAGCAUCGAACUGAACAACAACUCCUGCAUUGAUAAGGACUUUCAACAGUGGGCUGACAAACGUAGAACAAAGCCUUCUAAAGAGGUGCAGUUCCACCUGAUGCUCUACAUCCAGAUGCAGCUGUGUGAGCGCUCACUGAAGGACUGGAUCUCUGAGAGGAACGCCAAGCCCAAAGAACAACUCAGCUCAAAAUGUCCUUAUGGAUGUGUUGACACAGAACACACACUCAGCCUGCUGAGAAAGAUACUUGAAGGAGUGGAGUACAUUCACUCCAGGGGAAUCAUGCACAGAGACCUGAAGCCUAGGAAUAUUUUCCUCCAUGGUCACGACUGCAAUGUUCGGAUCGGGGACUUUGGUCUGGCCUGCAGGGAUCUAAUACUGGAUGGCCAUAAAAGCACCACCUCUCCCAGCUGUGAUUCCUCACAUACUUCGGGUGUUGGUACCUUUGUAUACGCUGCACCAGAACAACUGAAGGGCUCCCAUUAUGACUCGAAGUCAGACAUGUACAGCAUCGGAGUGCUGGCUCUCGAGCUAUUCCAGCCCUUUGGGACAGAGAUGGAGCGGGUGAGGAUCCUUGGGGACCUGAGAGACGGGAAAAUCCCAGACUCGUUCUGCCAGAGAUGGCCAGUCCUGACGAAGUACAUCAUGAAGCUGACGAGUAAAGAGCCCAGUGUUCGGCCCACGGCCAGCCAGCUUCUACAGAGCGAACUCUUCUGCAGUAAAGACAUAGUGAUCCAUGGUUUGCAGAAGAGGGUUGAAGAGCAGGAGGAAGAGAUCAUGCAGCUGAGGAGACAGAUCAGUCAGCUCCAGAGCUCAGAAGUCACAGUUCAUUUCUCUGAGUCAGACAAGAGUUGAGCCUUAAAGGUCUCUACUCUACAGACUGUCAAAACUUGAUUUAUCAGCCACUGCUGUACUGAUUUAGUGACCUGGUACAAGUGGUAGAGCAAGUGUGCGUGCGUGUGUGUGUGUGUGUGUGUGUGUGUGUGUGUGUGUGUGUGCAUGCGUGUGUGAGUGAGCAUUUGAGUGUGCCUUCUACACCUGGAUGUAAGAGUGCAAUUAUUUAUCUUCAUUUAGCUGUUCAAUAAAACAUAAUUCUGUGACAUCUUA